AUGUCGGCAAUUGUUUAUCACAGCACAUUGGUGGCUAUUGUUACAAAACAGCAGGCUAAAUACUGUGUAGUGUUUACCAGAUUCAAGAUUAAGCUGGCAUGGAUGAGCACCUUCGCUGUCCUCAGCCUGGGGGAUAUAAAGGCCUUCAUGUUUUUAAUGAGUCAAACACUGUACAGAAGCGUAACAGCCACAUCCACCUUGAAGAUCUCUGCCAUGGCACAGGCGACACAAGCAACUGUCUUUGAUGCAACCAACUCCCAGAUCCAGGUGGAACACGAUAAAAAGCGUCGUCAGUUUGUUAUAAGACUGAAUGGAUCUCAUGACCGUGCAGUUCUUUUGUAUGAAUAUGUUGGGAAGAAGACAGUGGAUUUGCAGCACACAGAAGUUCCAGAUGCUUACAGAGGGAGAGGAAUUGCCAAACACCUGGCCAAGGCAGCCAUGGAUUUUGUGGUGGAGGAGGACCUCAAGGCUCACUUGACCUGCUGGUACAUCCAGAAAUAUGUCAAAGAGAACCCUCAUCCUCAGGGAGUGAUGGCGGCGUCAGACUGCUACAUUGUGCAUGAAAUCUACAACGGGGAGAAUGCGCAGGACCAGUUUGAGUAUGAGCUGGAGCAGGCACUGGAGGCCCAGUAUAAAUACAUUGUUAUUGAGCCCACACGGAUCGGAGAUGAGACAGCCCGUUGGAUUACGGUGGGAAACUGCCUGCACAAGACGGCUGUGUUGUCAGGUGCUGCAUGCCUCCUGACGCCACUUUCAUUGCCCGCCGAAUACUCGCGUUAUGUCGCGUUGCCUGCUGGCGCCCUCAGUGUGGCCUGUGCUGCCCUCUAUGGGAUUUCGUGGCAGUUCGAUCCCUGCUGCAAGUACCAAGUGGAAUACGACAGCCAAAAACUCUCGCGGCUGCCCCUGCAUACACUAACCUCCUCAACGCCGGUGGUAUUGGUACGCAGGGAUGACGUCCACAGAAAGAGACUCCAUAACACGAUAGCACUGGCCGCCCUGGCGUACUGCGCCAAGAAGAUCUAUGAACUCUAUGCCGUUUGA